AUUACGGGAGCCGCGCCGAGUCGCGCGCACCACCACCGUCGUCGUCGUCGUCGUCGUCGUCGUCGUCGUUGGCGCUCUUUCGUUUUCCGUUCUUUUCGACACAUUCCCGCCACCAAAUAUUUCAAACUGGAGCCGAGAUUUACGGCUGAAUCAGAAGAAUUCGAAUUUGCCGCCGACACGGUUCUCUUUUAAUCGCUCUCGCAUUUCGUCGCGUGUUUUUCGUACGUAAAUUACGUAAAUUCGUCCAAUAUUUCGCUCGAUUUUUGGCGCGAAAAAUCGGUACACGCGGGUUCGAUAUUCGCCAUUGGAUUAUAUUUACUUUUUUCGCGGUGUUUUCUUAUUUUCUUUUUCUUUUUUUUUUCAAAUAAACAUUUUGCUAUUCCUUUCGUAUCGAAUAUGAUUUGAAUUCGGCGGAUAUUUCAAAUCUUCGCCGCGCCGGUUCUUCCUCGUAUACCUACGCAGAAAUUAUUUGCCAAGUAUUCGAUCCUUCAUGGAAGAUUCGGUUACAUUUCGGAUUUUGAUUCUGUUCAUUAUAACUUUUUUCUCGAAUGAUUGGUGCGACUGUUUACAAAAUGUUACGUUACUUAUAAACCCAGCCGCCGUGCAAAGGGGUAAAAACGUUUCAUUGUUAUGUCUGUACGAUUUGGAUGGAGCGCCGUUAUAUUCCGUUAAAUGGUACCGAGGAAGAUACGAAUUUUAUCGUUUUUCUCCCAGCGAAGUACCGCCUACUAAAAUUUUCGUUUUCCCCGGAAUCAAAGUCGAUGUAUCACAGUCGAACGCUAGCCAAGUAGUGCUAUCGGAUGUGACAUUUAAUUUAGCUGGGAACAUAAGCUGCGAAGUGACAACUGAUGCCCCAGGCUUCAGUACGGCAGUAGCUGUGAAAAAUUUGAUGGUCGUCGAUUUACCGAAAAAUGGACCAACCAUCGCUGUAAAUAAAUCCAAAUACGAUCCGGGAGAUAAAUUAAUAGCUAAUUGCUCUUCCUUUCCAUCUAAACCAUCGGCCGUAUUAUCAUUCUACGUUAACAAUGAUCUGGUUAGUUACCAGGACACCAAAGUACUACCGGGACCGGAUUCGUUAAGUUGGAGUUUUCUACCUGUAAAUUUAACUUUACUACCGUCUCAUUUCGACGAUCACCACGGUGUAUUAUCUUUAAGGUGUACAGCAGUAAUUAGCAGUUUAUAUCAGAAUACCACCGAAUUACGAAUAUCUCACAGAAAAGAGCCUAUACCAGAAAAAGUUACAUCGCAGAGUAUGGCAUCAUUCCGAAUAUGCAGUCCGAUGUUACCAUUCUCGACGAUCCUAUUAUUGAAAUAUCGACUAACGAAUUUGUGAUUAUUGUAAAUAGCCCUUUCCGUAAAUCGACGGCGCGGCGCGGCGGCGAGAAAAAAAUUUACCCCACAGAAAUGUAAUAAAAUUGGCAUACUCGUCAUCCAGCCCACUACAUUCGAAAACUUAGAUAUACUUACAUGUAACAUACCUUAUACUCGUACGACUCGAAGUCAACCGGCCCUCGCGCCCGCCCCCCUCCCUCUACGAAACCAUUAACAACGCUUCACUCGUAUCCCGUGUAUGGUAAACGAUGAAAAAGUGAAGCGCGCUAAUUCUUUCGAAAAAAGUACGCUAUUAACGAUAAAAUGCACCGGGGAACAAUACGGCAUCCGCGCAAAAAUCCUAACUUUGCACCGAGCCUCCUCCCCUUUUUUGUUGUACGCGAAAUGCCGAAAUAAUGCGGUACCAACUACGCCAAAUGUGCUUUAAAAUGUUACCCCCGAGGCUUUGAGGAGGGGGGGGGGUGUGUGUGUGUGUAGAAUAGAGGAAGGAGUUUGGGUCGAAUUCCACACGUUAAUCGCGUACGUACUUUACUCGAAAAGAACAUACCUAUUGUAUACAAUGACUGUGAAAUGUGCGUGUAUUUUGUGUAAGUGUAUAAAUUUUUUUUUGAACUGAAUAUUGUACCUAAAAUAAUCACGCGGCUCGUUUUUUUUUUUUUUUUUUUUUUUUGCUGUAUCUAACGAUGUAAUAAUUUUGUGAUUUAUAUAAUUUUUGAUACUAUUUAACUAAAUGUUUAAGUAUGUACAUGGUUGGAAUAUUUAUAAAUAAACGUUAUGUAUUUUGUAAACAAAAAUAAAAACCCCUCGUAGAAAAUUGUAAUCACAGAACGAAAUUUCGAGUGAAUUUUUUUUACGUUUAUUUAAAAGUUUAAAAAUCCGGGUGCAAUUCGAAUUGAAAAAGUUCCUUUAUUGAUUUAAGAUGCGUAGGUAUAGGUGUAGGUGAUAAAGGUAUGCGUAUAAAAUAAUACUGUAACACCAAAAAUUAGGUUGUGGAUAAGCGUACAACGCGUGUUUGUACGAGUACUCGUAGCUUGUUCGCUUUACCGCGAACGUUCUCCUCUGAAUUUUCUGAAAAUUGAAAAUUCAGAGAAGAAACCAAUAACUACCGUAUGAUCAGCCCUGUCAAUCUCGAUACGAGUAUUUUUGACACAUCCAGACAGAAAAAUUUCGCAGAAUCGCCGCUCCCAUCAAUCAAAAGAGGGAACUGAGAUCGAAUUCGGAAAAAGUAGGUAAGCUGCCGAAAAAUGUACCUAACGCUUUCGUAAAUAUGUACCUAAUUUUGGAUAUUCUAAUAUAUUGGCGAUAAAACGGGGAAAAAAAUAUAAAUACCUAAAAUUUUAAGACCUCGAUAGGUACCUAUCUCGAGUCUUUUACGUAUUUGAAGCGAUAUAAAUCGAAAAUGAUACGCGUGUUUUAAUUACGCGUACGAUAAUUUAUAAUUUCGAAACUUGACCCACAUUCCACGACGCCAGCCACCCCGAAAAUCCUCGCAAUAGGAUCGUUAUUCGAGCGAUUCCAUCAGAAUAUCGCAUUCGGCUCUUCCUUUUGGAAAAUCAUCGUCAUUUUUCCUCGUCGAAUCGGCGAAUAAGUUAGGAAAAGAUUUUCUAGAAUGGCGGCGAGUUGAAUGGAGAGAAGAAAAAGUGUGACAUUUGCAGUUUAAUCCCGCGAAAUACUUGCAAGUUGCAAAACACGAAACAUACCUACUAUAGAGUUUGGAAGAAGGGAGUGAGUUUUCCAGUUUUCAAAAAAUUUAAAGAAAAAGACCUAUGUCCUAUAUAGGUAAGUAGUAAGUACAUAGAAGUAGGUAGAGGUACCUAUAGGUGAGAAUUUUUCAUAAACUCGGAUUCGCCGUUUUUUAUACGCCUCUUUUAACCGACUUUUGAACAAAAUUUCUAAAAAUCAGUAGAAUAACGCGUUUAGAUCUUUUUUUGAGGGGAGGAGGCCGAGGGGGGGGGAGGGUAUUAACAGACCCUUUUUUCUUCUUUCGAGCAAACUUUCGACGGGAAUUUACGAAAUUCGCCACCUUCUCGGAGUCUAAACGAGGCGGAGAAUUGAGAGCGGUAAAAAUGUCUUAAAAACUUAUUCGCUACACUUAUCCGUUGCCAUUUUUGAAUAAAAUCUUCGAAGCUCGGGUUUUGAAAAAUCCAAAAAUUUCGUACUGGCAGCGGCAUAGUUUAAGGAUAACAAACACUUUCGAAAGAUGAAAGAAAUCGAGUGAAUUUUUAUCCACUGGGAGGGUUUUAUUUUUGUUUUUUUGUUUUUGUUUUUUUUUUGUAAAAAAGGAGGCUUACUUUUUUAACCAACUCAUCGAACCAAAAUGAAGCUGGUCCAAUUGUAGACAAAGACACUUUUCAAUCCUCCCUUCGACCACUCAAUUUUUAAGAUAAAAUUUCAACUCCCGCGCUGGGUACAGAACAGAAGUCCAUAGCCAUUGAUCAAAAUUUUUAAAAAAAUCAGAAGCGAAGUGACAUAUUAAUCGUUAUUAAUUCGCAGGUUUUUCACACUUUUUUUUCAAUCCGUCCUCUCAAAACCUCUUCCCCCUUUCCACCAAUGCAAUUUAAAUCACGGACGGAGCAUCGUGUAUUGUUGCUUUUUCGAAGGUACUGAGUUGCAAUAUUCACUUAUCUGAACUUAUCGUGUACAAAAUUACCAAAAAAAAAACAAAAACCAAAAAAAAACUUAUCAAAGACGAUAAAAGCAACGGAAAUAAUCAAGCCAUAGGUAAUGACAUUUCAGAAUUUGGAAAACAGAAAGCAAAACAAAAACAAGUACGUAAUACAUACCUAGUUUUCCCUGACGUUUCUUAUGUAAUAGGUACUUCUUUCGAUUACAGGAAAAUUCAUCGCGCGAAAUUCACCGUAAACUCAUUGCAGGGUAAAAUUCAUCGCGAGGAAAAAUUCAUUGUGGAGGAAAAUUCACCGUUGUACUAAAUUGAUCGCGAGGGAAAAUUCAUCGUAGUAUAACGUAUAUCUUGGGCAACGAAUGCAAAGUUAGUGUAAUCUAAUUUUGGUCAAACGAUCUGUGCUAGAUACCAAAUCGACCCAUGCUACCAUUGGCUGGAUCCUGCCUUCCGGUCAGAAAACAGAAUUUUUUACUUUUUUUCUCAUAUUUUCGGCAAAUUUUAAAAAUGACCGUUUCUCCCCACCACAUGAAUUUGAGCGCUAAAAUUUUGGCCGAAGGGUUUAUGCUUGAUAUGGUACCUAAUCGAUUAUUAGUACCGUCGCCUGGAUCUGGAAUUAUCAUCAGAAACCAUAUUUUUUGUCAUUGUAUGGGUAAAAAAUGAAAAAAAGUAAAAAAUUCUGUUUUCUGACCGGAAGGUCGGAUCCGACCAAUGGUGGUAUGAGUCAAUCAGGUAUCUAAAUGACUACUUUUGGCCCAAAUUUGAGCUCCGGAAGUUGAUACGCGGGAGAGAUGGAUAUUUGUAGUUUUUCCCCAUUUUGUGAGUUGAACAGCUUUUCCUGAGUAGGUACACAAAACUUCAAAAAUUCGCCAAAAAUCGAAAAAUCAACAAGCAGCUGAAAAUUGGGGGAUGGGUGUUUUUUGAGGUCCUCUUUCCAACAGUCCAAGUUUCAUUCAAAUCGGAGAUUCUCAUGUGGGGGGCUUCCCUUGUAAGCAUUGAAUUGGACUAAUUCGCGAAUAGUAAAUGGAUGUAGCAUUGUAGCCCCUGAAUUAUUUUUGAAAAUUUAGCCCAGCUGUGGUGAAAGGGUUAAAUUCAAAUCCCCUGACAGUGAAUUUUCCCACACAAUGAAUUUUCUUCCGCGUGGAAUUUUCCCUUGCGGUCAAUUUAGUACAAAGGUGAAUUUUCCUCCGUAAUGAAUUUUUCCUCGCGAUGAAUUUUACCCUGCAAUGAGUUUCGCGCGAUGAACUUCGCGCAAUGAAUUUUCCUGUUACCACUUCUUUCUUCCUUCCUUCCUUUCAAAUAAAAUAUGAGACAUUGUCCUGUUUUUUUCAUGUUUUUCCGUUUGUAGAACAACUUUCGAUGAUGAAAAUCACAAAUAGGUAGAUACAUAAUACAUACAUUUAUAAGCAAUUAAGCAUAUACGUCACAAUCAUUUGUGGAAUUUGCGGGUACGUUAGGCAAUAGGCAUCACUAGUUGGAGCUCAAAGGUGACAUUUUCGGAAAUUAUUGGUGAGCGCAACAUCAAAAAGCAAGCAAAAUUCGAUCGAAUGUGUCUAAGUACAUUUUGCAGAGUGAAAGAGUUUACGACCAGGCUUUCAAAAUGAAAAUACACAAUUUUCAACGGUGUCAAAGUCGAAUUUUGAAAUUAGAAAUUUUUUUAUGCAAACCAAUAUUUUGAGCAGCAAUAUACUCGUACGUUACGUACACAUUUGAAAAUUCAAGUUCAAUCAGUAUCCUUUUCCUGUGAAAUUUUAUUAAAAUUGCGAUUUUUUAAAUACGAGUAAGUAUGUAGGUCUAGGUAUGUACCUACUUAGGUACUGAUUACCGUUCACAGCUUUCAUAAUUCUGCGUCUACUCCGAAGCAAAUAAGGGGAUGGAAACCCAUUUUUUACGAUUUUGAGAUUUUUACAUCAUUAAAAAGAGGAUUUCAAGAGCGUUACAAUGAUACGAGUAUAGAAAUCAAAAAGUCGAGAAAAAUGAACUCUCAUCCCUUUUAGUUUUUGCUCCGGAAUACAGAAUUUCUAUGCUGGGUAGAAACCCGUCUACAUUGGGUAGGUAAUCAUUUUGUUCACUUUUCGACCAACUGCUCGCUUCUACAAUCAAAAUUUCGUACAAGUACCUAUUAUCCUUUCAAAUAUCCAGACAGACAACAUUUUCAUCCAAAGUAGGUAGUACCUAUAGGUAUUUUUUCUUUCCAGUGUUACUCGGCUAGUUACUUUGGUUUCUCACAACACACGCGAAGUUGACGGUAUCCUAUGCCAUGCCAGAUUUUCUCCACGACGACGUCUCGUAUUAGUCGUAUUGUACACUUUACAUGCAGACAUGCAAGUUGACGCGUCUUUAGCCGACGACGAGUCGUAAACCGUGCAUAAAUAAUUCAAUCUCCCCCCCGCGUCUCGCGUCUCGCGUCUCGCGACCCUCCACGAACACGUAUGUAGAUGUACAUAUUUCUGCCAUCCCUCGAUGCGACAUACGUACACGUACAAGGUAGAACGAAAAACUUUCACAUCAAUUACGCCACGCCACGCCACGCCACGCCGGUACUCGGCUCAACUUCCAUACCUAAAUAUUAUGUACACAAGUACACUACACACAACCGAAUCAAAACACGACCUCUUGAAAAAAUAUUGUCCACUCGAAAAAUAUAUGUAAUGUACUUACAACCUUACCUAACUGGCUACUACACUUCAUAGAAUGGGUAAGGUAUAGGUUGUACUCGUAGUAUACCAGUCUUUGGCUAGUAUCCUAAAACGAAAAUGAUCGCUUAAGCAACAACUAAGCACCGGAUUGUUGGUUGCUUAGCCAAUAAGCUAGCGUCCUGCAUUGCUUAGCCAUUGCCUAACUUUAAGCAAUGGUUUUAGGAUACCAGCCUAAGUCUCUGCGAAUACCCUGGCCUGACCUGGCUGCAUUUUACUCGUAGCAUGUAGGCAAAAGCGUUAUAAAAGGUUACCAUGCGAAUGAGGAAAAUGAACACGCAUUUUUUUUUUUUUAAGUAUUAAACGAAUAUUUUCUCUCUCUGGUCUGUUCGUCGUGUCCUAUGUAAGUACAUACUUUUGUGUCUACGUACACUACAGUACAUACUCGUACGUACAUGUGUAUCGCGACCAUUUUUUUCUCUUUUUUUU